AUUCAGCGCUUGGAGGGAAAGGGCUGGGCCGCGCUCACCAGAAGUCCCCGGAGCAGCGACGGGGCUGAGAAGGAGCGGCAGCGGAAGCUGCGGGCACCCAGCAGACAGUGGGUGCCAUGGAGUCGGAACCCUCGCUGUCCCCCACGCUUUCCCGCUCCAUCAAGGAGGAGCUGCUCUGCGCCGUCUGCUACGACCCCUUCCGGGAUGCCGUGACGCUGCGCUGCGGCCACAACUUCUGCCGCGAGUGCGUGACCCGCUGCUGGGAGGUGCAGACGACGCCCACCUGCCCAGUGUGCAAGGACCGGGUGGCACCCGCCGACCUGCGCACCAACCACACCCUCAACAACCUGGUGGAGAAACUGCUGCGCGAGGACACCGAGGGCGGGCGCUAUGCCGGCCACCGCUCCCCGCGCUUCUGCCGCGCGCACCGCGGCCAGCUCAGCCUCUUCUGCAUCGAGGACAAGGAGCUGCUGUGCUGCUCGUGCCAGGCCGACCCCCGGCACCUGGGGCACCGCGUGCAGGCGGUGAAGGACACUGCCCACGACUUUCGGGCUAAGUGCAGGAACAUGGAGCACUCGCUGCGGGAGAAAGCCAAGGCCUUCUGGGCCAUGCGGCGCUCUUAUGAGGCCAUUGCCAAGCACAAUCAGGUGGAGGCUACCUGGCUGGAAAGGAGAAUCCGGCAGGAGUUUGAAAAGCUUCGAGAGUUCUUAAGAGGGGAGGAGCAGGCCAUCCUGGAUGUCAUGGCCGAGGAGGCGAGGCAGAAGCAGCAUUUGGUGGAGGAGAAGAUGAAGCAGCUCAAGAAAGACACAGAGACUCUAGCCCAUGAGAUUGAGCGGCUGCAGAUGGAGAUGAAGGAAGAUGAUAUUUCUUUUCUCAUGAAACACAAGAGCCGAAAACGCCGCCUCUUCUGCACCAUGGAGCCAGAGCCUGUGCAGCCUGGCAUGCUGAUCAACGUUUGCAAGUACCUGGACUCCCUGCAGUACCGUGUCUGGAAGAAGAUGGUCAUGUCUGUUGAAACUGUGCCCUUCAGCUUUGAUCCCAACACCGCGGCGGGCUGGCUGGCUGUGUCUGAGGACCUCACCAGUGUCACCAACCACGGCUACCGAGUGCAGGUGGAGAACCCGGAGCGCUUCUCCUCGGCGCCCUGCCUGCUGGGCUCCCGCUCCUUCUCCCACGGCUCCCACGCCUGGGAGGUGGACCUGGGGGGGCUGCCCAGCUGGCGGGUGGGCGUGGUGCGCAUGUGCCUAGAAACUGGCCCCGAGGGCUACUCCCACAGCUGCUACCAGGACACUCGCUCUGGUUUCUGGUACCUGUGCCGCACGCAGGGAGUGGAGGGCGACCACUGCGUGACCUCAGACCCGGCCACAUCACCACUGGUCCCCUCCAUCCCACGCCGCCUGCGUGUGGAGCUGGAAUGUGAGGAGGGCGAGCUGUCCUUCUACGAUGCGGAGCGCCAGUGCCACCUCUACACCUUCCAUGCCCGCUUUGGGGAGGUGCGGCCCUACUUCUACCUGGGGGGCACCCGGGGGAACGGGCCCCCCGAGCCUCUGCGCAUCUGUCCCCUGCGCAUCACUGUCAAGAAGGAGCUGGAUACCUGAGGCCGGCGGGGAGCCUGCCAGGUGCUGCCCAGGUGUUCUGCCAUGGUCCUGCUUUCUUUCUGUCCCUCUUUCUCAAGCCCACACUCACCUGGACACCUCUAGGUCCUGCUUUCUUGCCAGGAUCUGGCUACUAACUGUCUAACCCUUUUCCGUGGCUCCAGGCCCCAAGCCCCCCUCUUCAUUUUUGGUCUUGUCUGUACCCACAGUUGAACGUCAUCCAGGAGAUAGCUUACUGGCCAGGCUCUCCCCAGAGUCCUGGCAUCUUCGGGAUGUGAAUUUCCUUCCUUCUAACUCCAGGAUUUCUGGGGACAAAGUUUGCCGCUAGAGUAAGACCUGUUUUAAAAAUGUUUUUAAUGUAGGUUUUAUUAUUCAGGUAUGAUGAGGCCAACAGAUCAAGAGUCAGCUGCCACUGAGAAGAGUUUGUUACUUAUUGUUCCUAAGAGGAAGGGCCAUGCUAUGGGGUGGGGGACGCAGAGGGAAGCACCAGGUCCCCCUAGGACAGUGGUCGGCAAACUGCAGCUCGCGAGCCA